UUAGCGUAGUUGGGGUAUUCAUAAAAAGCCCUAAUUAGAAACAACAAGGCCUUCCGUUUUUCAUCCUCCACCGUAGAGUUCAGAACUCAAGCCGCAGAUCCCCCGGAGGAGUAUCAGUAAGGAUGUAUCUCCAAUUUUACAUCAACGAAAAUGGGGAUAAAGUUUACACCACCAAGAAGGAAUCACCAUUAGGGUUGGCCACAGAAUCUGCUCAUCCUGCUCGAUUCUCCCCUGAUGACAAAUACUCGAGGCAAAGAGUUCUCCUAAAGAAGCGAUUUGGUUUACUUCCUACCCAACAUCCGCCUCCCAAGUACUGAGUACCCACAACCCAGUGUACUAACAUGGUCCUUUUGUAUCAAGAGGAGAUAUGUAGCUUUCCUUCUCAUUUACCUUAAGAGUCAUGGAAUCGAUCAUUUUAGCUACCAAGAUGUCAAAAUGGAACUCGAAAAUUUACCAUUGGCCAGUAAUUUGUGUUGCACCUGAAAGUUGAACUCACAUUGCCAUUUCUAUUGAUAUUAAAUGUCCGAUGUUUUAUUUAUCUUUGUCUAGUAACGCGCUCUCUCACUCUCUAUCUUUAGUGUCUCUGUGUCAAAGACAUUAGUUGGGUAAUGAUUUUCAUUAAGUUCA